AUGCUGUGCGAGGUCUUUGUCUAUAGCCAGGUCCUGACCCAGGCGUUGCCAAGAGGCGUGCAGGUCGUCCCCGUCGAGAUGGACGAGGGCGGCAUGAGCGUCGCCGGGCUGGAGGAGGUGCUGGCGGCGUGGGAUGAGAGGGACGGCAAAAGACCGUCCUUUUUAUACACUGUGACACACCGCAUGGCUGACACGUGGCGGGGUGGUAGCAUGGGUCACAACCCGACCAGUGGCGUCCUGUCGGUCGAGCGCCGUAAGGAGAUUUACGCCGUCGCCAGCAAGUACGACAUCAUCAUCGUGGAGGACGACCCGUACUGGUACCUGCAGUACCCCUCGGCCGUUGUGGCCGAGGCCAAGUCCCGGGGACUCAAGACCCCUCCCUCCCCUCCGGCUUACAAGCCCGCCAAGUCGUCGGGCUAUCCGUUCCUCGACUCGCUGACCCCGUCGUUCCUCAGCGUCGACACCGAGGGCAGGGUCAUCCGUCUGGACACUUUCUCCAAGACGAUUGCUCCGGGAUGCCGACUGGGUUGGAUCACGGCGCAGCCCGCCAUCAUCGAGCGUCUCCUGAGAAUUACUGAGGUCACGACACAGCAGCCCUCGGGCUUCGUUCAGUCCACCGUCGCCGAGCUGAUCAUGGGCGAGCAGCCCGCCGCGGCGCGGUCGGCCUUCGCCGCCCUCACGUCGCGUCAGAAGCAGACGUUCGAGGGCUGGCGCAUGGACGGCUGGGUGCGCUGGCUCGAAGGGCUCCGCGGCGUCUACGAGCGCCGCAUGAACCGCAUGUGCACGAUCCUCGACGAGGGAUCCAUCCAGCUGAAGCAGUCGACGCCGCGCAGCGCCGACGACGCCGACUGGGGCGUCGUCAGCAAGACGCAGCUCUACGAGUUCGACUGGCCGCGCGGCGGCAUGUUCAUCUGGCUCAAGCUCCGCCUCGAGACGCACCCGCUGUGGAUGGCGACGGGCGGCAAGAGGGUGCCGUUGCUCGACGGCGAGAGCCUGUCGACGGCGCUCAUGUUCCUCGCCACCAAGGAGCCGUACCGCGUGCUCGUCAGCCCGGGCCUGAUCUUCAGCGCCACCCCGGCCAUCCGCGCCGAGAGGGGGUGGGCGUACUUCCGUCUGUGCUUCGCCGCCGAGACGGAGGAGAACGUGGACCUUUGCUCGCAGAAGCUGGCCGAUGCGAUCCAGAGGUUCUGGAGGAUCAAGAAGGUCGAGGAGGUCGAGGACCUGCUCGGGGACUUCCAGCCGCCCAGAGACGUGGACGGGUUCGGUAACCUGGGUACCUUUAUGGGAUGCUGA